AGUUAAAGAUCAAUUUGCUUAAGUACAAGGUCAUACGGUGGCGUUAUGAUUCACAAAGUCGCAUUUUACUUACAAUAAUACCCAUAUAAAGGGAGCCGUAUGUAGUAAAAUUCAAUUAACAGACGGCAGUGCCAGAAGCAGUACAAUGAACGGUAUACUACUAACAAUUGCAUUGAGUGCGCUUUUAACCCUUCAGACGAAUGCGUUUAUGUCGAAAUUGAAAGACAUGUACGUAACUGAUUUUCAUAUUUCCAAGUGCUACUCCAAUGAUACGGAAGCUAUUACUGUGGAAGACGUUGAGAUUAACAUCGGCCCUAGUAUGAAGGUCCAUGUGAGUGGGACAUUGAUUGCAUCUCGUGAUUUAGAAUCACCAAUUAUGGCUGAAGUGGUUGUCAAAAGAAGCACGUGGUUCGGGUGGCUCAAAAUUGCGUGUAUUGAUAACGUGGGUUCUUGCAACUUUGAGGACCUGUGCGAGUUUGGAUAUCCUCCCGACGAAGGCUGCCCUCCAGAUUUUAAAGAAUACAAUGUCCCCUGCCGAUGUCCAAUUAAAAAGGGUAAUUACACACUUCCAUCAACAAUGCUAGAUUUUAUGAGUGAAAGCUCGGUACUUAGUGGAAAAUACAAGGGUAGUGUGGUUAUGACCCAUUUAGAUGAGAGAUUGGCCUGUUAUAAUAUGUACUUUACAUUAAAAGAUAAAGAGCUGGAAAAUAGGCCCUAAAUGCAGUAAUUUAUUACGAAUGUAGUUUUUGUACAAAAAAUAAUGUCGUCAUUUUUUGUAACACGUGCCAUUUUGUUUAACGGUGAUUAAAUGAUGUCUGCUGUAAAUGUAUUUUAGAAUGUAAGAUAAACUUAAUUGUGGAAAGCAAAAUAAUUGUUAAUAAAGCACAUAUUAUUGUUUGAUAAAUGCCGAUUCAUCGAUU